AAUCUCCACUCAGUAAAUAUUACUUAACUUGACCACGUGGGAGGAUUUGAUUAAAAGAGAUGCAGUGUGGGUUCUACCUUUGGGAGGUACCAAAAAGAUUUCACCAAUGAGUGAGAUCACAUGUGCGGUCGAAUCUUCUAGUAUUUGAAUCUUAGCCUUAUAAUUCCAUUUAUUUGGAUUUUUAGAUCUUUUUUUAUCACUGAAAGAUGGAGAGUUCCAUUUUUUCCAUUUUAUUUUCUGAAAAUAAACAAGUGGACGGUACGUAGUUUGUCAAUUGUCAGUAAGAGUUACAGUGGAAAAAGGUCGGGAGAGAGAGAGAGAGAGUGGAGAAGCAGUUAAAAGAAUUUUGGAACAUCUAGUAUGACUUGGGAUGGCAUUUUGUCUCCACGAAGAAUAAGAGGCUUGGGGUUUUUGACGCUUGGUGGAUUGGUGGUGGAAAAAUGACAAGAAAAUGGACCCACAUGCAAGAAAGAAGAGGGAAUUUUACAGUGGUUGAUGCCACUAUCCUCUGUCCUUUUGGUUGUUUAAGUUAAGGGUAUCAAGGAAAAUAUCUAGUCUCCUCUUUAAUCUUUACUUGCUUACUUUGCCUUCAAGCCAAUUCUGGGAUCGAUCAGAUUCCAUUAUGCCUGCAGAUUCUUAAUCUGUUUCAGGCAAGAUUUUGCCAGCCCACAAGGGAAUAAAAUUUCUCAUUAUGGAUUGGCUAACCAAGAUUCUAAAAGGCUCUGGCCAUAAAAUCUCAGAAGGCCAGUAUCAUGGGAGAUAUGGGGAUGACAGAAUUUGGGAAGAGCCGUCAACUCCUGUGGAUGUAUCCACAGAUUUUGACCAUGAUGAUCUUGCUGUUGCUAUGGCUCGUUCCCUUGAAGAUUACCCUGAGGAAGAUCAGAAAGGGAAAAAAGUAGUUGAUACUGAAUCUCAAUUGGAGGAAGAUGAACAACUUGCUAGAGCUCUUCAAGAGAGUUUGAACGUGGAGUCUCCUCCUCGACAUGAUGCUGGAAAUAUAUUUCAACCUUUUCCAUCAUUCUUUUCACCUGGUUAUAGGAUCUGUGCUGGGUGCAACUGCGAGAUUGGUCAUGGAAGAUAUUUGAGUUGCAUGGGUGCUGUUUGGCAUCCAGAAUGUUUUCGUUGCCGUGCUUGUGGGCUUCCCAUUUUUGAACAUGAGUUUUCUAUGUCCGGAAGUCAUCCUUAUCACAAAUCAUGCUACAAGGAACAAAAUCAUCCAAAAUGUGAUGUUUGCAGGAACUUUAUUCCAACAAAUGCAGCUGGACUUAUUGAGUAUAGAGCACAUCCGUUCUGGAUGCAAAAGUACUGUCCCUCACACGAGCAUGAUGGAACUCCUCGGUGUUGUAGUUGUGAAAGAAUGGAGGCAAGGGACACUAGAUAUCUAUCACUUGAUGAUGGUAGGAAACUAUGUCUGGAGUGUCUGGACUCUGCUAUCAUGGAAACUGUAGAGUGCCAGCCUCUUUACCUUGAAAUACAAGAAUUUUAUGAGGGUUUGAAUAUGAAAGUGGAGCAGCAAGUCCCUCUUCUCUUGGUUGAGAGACAAGCACUAAAUGAGGCCAUGGAGGGAGAAAAGAAUGGACAUCAUCACUUGCCUGAGACUAGAGGACUCUGCCUGUCCGAAGAACAGACUGUUAGCACUAUUUCGGGGAGGCCUAGGAUUGGCACAGGCUAUCGGAUUAUAGACAUGAUGACAGAACCUUAUAGGCUAAUCCGUCGAUGUGAAGUGACAGCAAUUCUCAUUUUGUAUGGGCUCCCAAGGUUGCUGACUGGGUCGAUCCUGGCUCACGAGAUGAUGCAUGCAUGGCUCCGACUGAAAGGAUAUCCAAAUCUGAGUCAGGAUGUUGAAGAAGGCAUCUGCCAGGUGUUGGCUUAUAUGUGGUUGGAUUCAGAGAUAUAUUCAAGUGCUGGUAGUGAUGUUGCUUCGGCUUCUUCUUCUUCUUCAUCAUCAUCAUCAUCAUCAUCCUCAUCCACAACAUCAAAGAAGGGUGCACGGUCUCAGUUUGAGAAGAAACUUGGUGAGUUUUUCAAACACCAGAUAGAGACGGAUAGUUCACCAGCUUAUGGGGACGGAUUUAGAGCAGGUAACCAAGCAGUGCAGAAGUACGGCCUCAAGAGUACCCUUGACCAUAUUCGGCUGACAGGAAGCUUUCCUUACUGAGAGCUGACCAAUAACUCAGCCCUAUCAUCUUUUAGUUUUACAGGACCUAGACCCAACAUGAAUUAUGAACAUCACAAGAAUAAGUAAGCAGCUAAAUGCCGCUUCUCAUGCGCAAUUGCUGUAAUUCCCCAAUAGUGGGCGCCACAUAUUUUACUAUUUUGCCUAAUAAUUAAUAACAUAUAGGGAAAAAAAAGAAGUUAGAAUUGCUUAUGACA